CUGCGCACGUGUUCGGUUCGGUUUAAUUUUCGGUGUGUAAAAUAAUUUUCUAGAAAAUAGAAAAUUUUUGUAAAAAGAAAAAAACAAAAAAAAAAAACAUAAAAUUUUAUUAUUUCUAGUGUUGUGUGUAUGUAUUAUGGUAAUAAAGUGGAACCUAAUUGCUUUAAUAUAAGAAAAUUUUUUAUUAUAAAAACAAAAAGGAAAUACAAAAAUGUGAACCAUUGAAGGAAGAUUGUUUUCUAAAAAAAGCGAAAAAUAUUACAUAAAUAUAUGUACAUGCUGUACAUACACAUGUACUUAUAAGUAUUCAGUUAAAAUUUAAACAUAAUUUAUAUAAAAUACAUGGUGGAUAAUCUUAAAGGAUAAAAUCAAAUACAUAAAUUAAAAUCGAUAACACAAUAUGAUGUUGUAUAAAUAUUGAAAAUAAAAAAGGCAUUUUGUUUGCUAUAAUUAAAAAACGCAAGUCAGAGAAUAUUUAAAGAUAGGGAGCGGCUAUCAAGCUCAAAUUGGAAAGAGAUUGUAAACACAAAAUAAAAAAAAACAGAAAACAGGAAUCAAAAAUUCAAACAAAGAAGAUGGAAUUUUUGAAAAGAAAACAUUUUUCUCUGAUAUGGAUUAAUGCAUUUAUCUUAAUUAUAUGCAAUUGUAUUGCAGUCAAUGGAUUACAAGGAUCUCCCACAUGGAUAUGUUUGGGUAUCAAAUCACCAUUUAUAGAAUUCAGAGCGGAUAUAGAAGUUUUGGCAAAUAAUAGUAUUCCACUUAAUAUAACCAAAGAUGAACAAGCAUUAAUGCAUCAAGAAGGUUUACAAAAGCUUGGUGCCUUUAUUAAACCAAUUGAUUUAAGAAAUUCUACAACUGGAUAUGUAAUGGCAAAUUUAACAAAAAAAGUGCCAACAACUCCAGCUGGUAGUAGGAGACGUGGUAUGACUGAAGAUCCAAUUGCAGAAGAAAUGGAUCAAAAAGAAAUAGAACUACUUGAAGAAGAUCCAAAUGAUGCAAAUCAGGGAUUUCCUGGUUUGACAGAUGAAGAUCGAAAAUUUAUUGUUCCAAUGGCCUUAAAAAAUCCUUCAGCAGAAGCACAUUUAUUAACAACAGUUACAACAACGACAACUACAACACCGGCCGCUCAGCCAAUGUCAUUGAUUUCAAAUUCAGAUUCAUCAAAUAAUAUUGAAGAUUUAAAAAAUCAUAUUUUAAUGUUACAAAAUUUAACAAAAAAUGAUAAAACAUUCCAAAGUAAAUUUGUAGUUUUUCCAAAUUUACAAAAAGAGCGCAAUAUCACAAAUCCAUUUGAAAGUCCACCACCUAGUUCAAUAACCCAAAAGCCUAUAUACUCGGCACCAGUAACAACCUUAUAUAAAUCUGAAUUUAGUAAAAUGAAACAUGAUCGAGAAAAGUCUGAUCAUGACAAUCAUGAUGAUAUGGCAAUAGACUAUUUUGGAAAAGAAAAAAUAACAAUUAUUCCUCAAGUACUUCUAUUAAAUGAUCAGACGCCACCAGAUGAUGAUGAUUUGGAUGAUUAUGAAGCAGAAAGACGGAGGGCGGAAGAGCAACAAAGAAGAGAUCGAAUUGCAUCACGGCGAAAAAAUAGAAGAAAAAAUGCAACUACUACUACUACAACAACGACUACAACAACGACAACGACCACAACACCCAAACCAGCACAAAAACGUAACAAUUCUAAGGGUCCAAGAAAUGGUGAAAGACGCAAUAAUAAAAAACGACAACAAAAUUGUAAAAAUGUUGAUUCUCCAAGAUGUCAACGACAGCGACGGAAACAAAAUCAAAUGCAAUCAAAUUAUAAUGAUACACAAACGUUACCAUUUGCUGCAAGUUUAUCUUCCCAAUUUCAGCAUGCGGGGAAAAAAAGUAACAAUGAAGAUAGUGGUAUUUCACCUGAUAUUGAUCCAAAUUGGCUUUUAAGUUCUGGUUCAACAAAUAGUGAUAAACAGAAAUUGUCGAGAACAAUUCGCAGUCAUCAUAAACGGAGAAAUGCCGGUGUUAACAUGAAAUUUUCUGCACCUGGUUCUCCAUACUAUGAUGGAGGCCCUAAUAGAGAUUUUAUUAUACCAGUUGGUAAUAGUAAUUUAGCUAUAGUUGGCGCUAGUGGCAGUAACUCAAACACAGGAUUUUUUAAUAAUAAUCAAUCUACAUCAACUAUAGCACCAUACAAAGAACCAAUUGAUCUAAAUCCUGAAUUGUGUCAUAAAGUUGAUGGUAUGACUUAUGGUCAACAAAAAUUAUGUGUAAUGCAUACAAAUAUUAUGCCAGCUAUAAGUAGAGGUGCACGUGCUGCAAUUCAGGAAUGUCAACAUCAAUUUAAAAAUCGUAGAUGGAAUUGUAGUACAACUGAUGAUAAUACAGUUUUUGGUCCAAUGUCAAGUAUUGGUUCACCGGAGAUGGCAUUUAUUCAUGCGUUAGCUGCAGCAACAGUUACAAGUUUUAUUGCACGUGCAUGUAGAGAUGGUCAGCUUGCAUCUUGCGGAUGUUCAAAAAGUUCCAGACCCAGACAAUUACAUGACGAUUGGACAUGGGGUGGAUGUGGAGAUGAUUUAGAAUUUGCUUACAAAUUUUCUCAAGAUUUUAUAGAUAUUAGAGAAAAGGAACGUAAACGUGGUACAAGAGGAUUAAUUUCGGUUCCACCGUCAAAAAAUAAAUUAGAUGAAAAAUAUUUACCAGACGGUAGUGGUAUAACACAAUUAACAAAUGGUACGACAAUUAAUGGUACAACAAUUUCUACAACAGGAGGAUCUAUAACAACCGAUGGUAAUAACAGAACUGCUAAAGAUCCAAAUUACAAUGACGAUAAUAAUAAUAAUAAUAAUAUGAAUCAUUUCAAACCCGAAGUACUUUUGGAACUACAAGAGAAAAUUACCAAAGAAAUAUUAAAUUCAAAAUUACAAGAAAAGGAAAUGCUCGAAUUACAAGAGAAAAUUAAUCGAGAGAUAAUGAAUUCAAAAGUUUUUGCUAUAGAUCAUCAUUAUUCUGGUAUGUAUGGUAGUAAAAAAAGUCAACGUAAUGCUGGGAGUAGCACAAGUUUUGGUGCACCAUCAACACAAUUCGGAGGUGGACGAUUUAAAAAUGGAAUGUCUGCGAAAGCUCGAAGUUUAAUGAAUUUGCAUAAUAAUGAAGCUGGUCGAAGGGCCGUUAUUAAAAAAACAAGAAUUACAUGUAAAUGUCACGGUGUAUCUGGUUCAUGCAGUAUGAUAACAUGUUGGCAACAAUUGUCAUCAAUACGUGAAAUUGGUGAUUAUUUGCGUGAAAAAUUUGAUGCAGCAACCGAAGUAAAAUUAAAUAAACGUGGUCGUUUACAAAUCAAAGAUCCACGAUAUAAAGUACCAACAGCACAUGAUUUAGUUUAUUUAGAUGAAAGUCCUGAUUGGUGUAGAAAUAAUAAACAACUUCAAUGGCCUGGUACUCAUGGAAGAGUUUGUAAUAAAACUUCAUCAGGACUUGAUGGAUGCGGAAUUUUAUGUUGUGGAAGAGGAUAUAAUACAAAAAAUAUAAUUGUUAAAGAACGUUGUAAUUGUAAAUUCCAUUGGUGUUGCCAGGUUAAAUGCGAAAUUUGUGUUAAAGUGCUUGAAGAGCACACGUGUAAAUAAAUAAAAUUCAAAUUAUUUAGUAGUUUUUUUUUCUUUAAAAAUGUAGCGUUUUUUUUUUUUAAUUUAUAAAACAAAAUUUAAAUAUAAAUACAUAAUAAAUUUAUAUUUUAAAAUGAAAAACAAAUACUAAAAUAAAAUUUUUUCGUUCAAUAAAAUAAAAUAUUACAAAAAAAUAAGAGGAAAAAAAUUGACAAAAAAAUACAAAAAAAAUACUCAAAAAUUUUAAUAUUAAUGUAACAAUAUUAAUAAUUUUAAUAAUUAAUGUAUAACUGCAAAAAUUAGUUUUACACCUAAUAUUAUAUAAUAUAAUAAAUAUUGUAAUUUAUUGGUAAAUAAAGAGGCAUAAAAAAAUUAAUUUAUAGUAAAAAAGAACAACAGUAAAAGAUUAAAGAAGUUUAAAAGGGAAAAUUAUAUAUUAAUAAAAAUAUCAAACAAUAUAGUUAAAAUUAAUUUUCAGUACAAUAAAAUAUAUUGGAAAAAUUAAUUAAAAUUUUAAUUAAAAUAAAAAAAUUUAAGAAUCUUUAAUUUUAGAGAUGCAAUCGUUUUUUCAAAUAAUUUUCUUAAAUUGAAAUAUGAACGCUAGAAUUUUAUCGGAUUAUAUCUAGCAUUCAAAUGCGAAUAUAUUAAGGAUGAAGCUACAAUAUAAUAUUAAUUUAAUAAAAGUCGACAAUUUCGUCUAAAUACAAAAAUUAUUUUAGCAAAUUUAAUCAAUCACUAAUUUUUAAUAUCGAAAUUACAAAAUUGUUUGUGUCGGAAUUGAACAUAAGCCUGUUACGAAAUGUUUGCAAAAAUUGUUUUGAUUUUUUGAUUGAAAAAUCUUAAAAUAAUUUUUAAUAUUUGUGGUUAUAAUUACAUUUUCAAAGUAAAAAUACCCAGUAACAAUUUUCAAUGAAAAUUUUAAUCAUAUAUGCAAUUGAAAUAUUUAUCUUUCAAUUCUCAAAUAAUUAAGGAUUCCAUUUACGGAAAAUUAUGCGCAAUACAAUUUACGAAAAAUUAAUCACAAAAUAUUUUUCAAAAAAAAAAAAUCAUUCUUUUACCCAAUUUUAGUUGCUUUUUCGAAAAAUAAAUUAGAUUGCAUUUCGAAUUUUCUGUUUUUACCUUUGUUUUAACCCUUUCGACACAGCUGGCACACAUAUGUACCAGUAACGUCCAAAUAUCCCUAAAAGUUAAAAGUACCAUUGUUUUUGGUUCUCUGUUGUACCAUUUCGUUUUUUUAUGAUUCAGCACACUAAAUUUUAAUGCGACUUUUUGUCAUCAGAGACAGUUUUUUUUUGUAUAUACAUAUAUAGAUAAUGUGAAACAUGUACUAAUUACACUACUCGAAAGCUGGGUCGAAAGGGUUAAUGAAUAUUGUUAAAAAUAAAUUAAAGAAAAAUUAAAUAUAUUAAUCAAAAUAAAACUUCCUGUAAUUUUUUUUUAAACAAUAAAACAAAAAUAAUGUAAACUAUCUGUAAACCUUUAAUAUAUAAUAUAAUAUAUUUAUAGAUGUGUAGAAACUUACUAUAUACAAAUUAUAACUUAUAAAAAACAAAAAACAAA